UUGUUUUUCGUUUUCGUUCGUCAGGAAAGAAUCUGUGGAAAUGAAUGAAUGGGUGCGCGCCGAACAACUACACGAGCUCCACAGAGGACGGACGGACGGAAUUUUAGUGAAGAAAAUUGAAGGAUUUUUUUUCUUGUAAAUAAAAUAAAAUUAAGAGGAAGAUACGGAUUGACAAUGGAAGACGUCCAACCGGAAAAUACAGUUGGUGAAGAUGAAGGCGCAAACGGUCAAGUGGAAGAGGACGACGAAGUCAUUUUUGACAGAAUUGUAAUUCACAGCGGAAUGUAUCUCCCACUUGCUACCGUUCAAGCAAUGGAUUUCGAACCACGAGAUGGAGGGGCUACUUUUGAGGGACCGGGUCAACUUUACAAAAAGAAAUUGACCCCUCGUAGAAGAGGGAAAGAACGUGCCAAUAAGUCCUUGGACGUGUCAUCGGCGUUGGCUACAAGUUCUCGUUUGGUAUGCGUUGCUCCUCACAACGACGAAGACGAGGAGGAGGACGACGACGACGAGGUCACCUGGCUCCCUCCGAUGACCACAAGGUACACUCAGACCUGUGACUUUCCCAUAUACCAGGAACAACCUCCAGCAGUAGUGGAUGAACAAAACGAGAGCCAUUCAUUCAACUCACAGCCCACUACUAGUCUUGAUUACUCAAGUCUAAAUACCAAUUCAAAUCAAACUGAUGUCAUCAUUGAAGAACUUACCAAGUCAAUGGGGGACCAGUCAUUAUGCGAUUUAAAUACUACCCCCCAACAGCAGAAUCAAGAUGAAAGUGACGAGCCAGCCAUUAAUAUUGGGGAAGAUGCUAUUAGUACUGAUACGUUGCAGGAGGAUGAGCAAGGCCAUGACUUUGCUGGGUCGAAAGGUACCGAAAAUCAUGACAAGCAAUCCGAGUCCAACAAAUCUUCGUCGGAAACCCCAUCUCAACCCAGCAAAAUUAAGGAGAAGACUGAUUACACAGAUAAUCGACGUAGAAACGUAAAAAUAACUGUCACACCAAUAACUAUCAGAGUGUACCGUUGUUGCAUUUGUUGGGAAUGCGAUUUCUCCUCCGAGGCGGAACUAAUGGAACACAUAUUCCAGGAUCACAAAAUAUCUCGACAACUAAAAUGUGAGGUUGUAUCAUGCUCUGAAGAUGAAAUUGACACCAAACAAAAAGAUGUGGAUCGCUACGAGAAACAAAUAGGAAGGAAGGUGCCUGGACGCGUGCAUCUGAAAAAAAUAAUAAGUGGGGUAUCAGAAUGGCAAGAUUUGUCUGACUCGGACAGCGCAGCCGAGGAAUCAGUGGAUAUUACAAAGAGUAGCAGCAGCAGCAGUUCCUCAGACGAUGACGUCGAUGACGACCGCGACCCAGAUUAUGUCGAAGGGGGAAGGAGGAGAAGAUGUCCAAAGAAAAAGCCCAGUACUCGACCGAAUAGUCAAAGCAAACCUAAAUCCGUCCCAACUUCGGGUAAGCGUACUGCCAAACGUGAGCCCGUAGGUAGGCGUCUAACACAGCGUCCUUCAAAAGCUACGAAGUAGUUUUUUAGCAAAUCGCCAGGUUUGCCUGUCAUUAAUUUGUAAAGUCAAUUUAGCCAGACACCUUUAUCUCUCGCCACCACACAGGUACGAACGAUUUACAAAGUAUCAAAACGUCAUUUUUACCCUGAGUAAAUAACAAAAAUUGGAACCUCGUAAUAAUAAAUACAUAAAUACGUACAACUGACUAUAUAAAUACCUAUAAAAGAUCCUUAACAAUAUUUUUACCAAUACUCUAUUUCUGACUAUGUAAAAAGAUUAUUUAUCUGUAAUUAAUUAUUUUAGAAAUUGACCCCCUUGUUUAAAUAUUGGAGCAACUAGUUAUGAUAUAUAACAGUAAAAUCUACAAUAAUAACGAUUUAUUUUAUAAUUGUUAGUUAAAUUUGACUUUCUAAAUAAAUGACUUCAUGGAUGUUACUUUAAACCGAGAAA